UGUUGAUACCCUGCUUGGUAGUAUUCAUUUAGACGUUGCUAUUUCAAAGCCCAAAUUUAUCCCCAGCGUAGGGGUUUUAAUUUGCAUUGGCAGCACAGUUAACCUGAACGUUAUCUAUAUGAAGGGCUGAUGGAAGACACAAGGGAUUUGGCGGAACGCACCCCACGUUCAGAGCGUAAGCGGAGAGACUCAUUCGGGAUGUUUGAUGGCUAUGACAGCUGCAGCGAGGAGUCCACCAGCAGCUCCAGUUCAGAGGACAGUGAGGAUGAGGUGGUGCCCACCAUCCCUGCCAGCCUGCCCAUCAUCAAGAACAAUGGUCAAGUCUACACCUACCCUGACGGCAAAGCUGGAAUGGCAACCUGUGAGAUGUGUGGGAUGGUCGGAGUACGAGAUGCUUUUUACUCCAAAACCAAGCGCUUCUGCAGUGUGUCGUGUUCUAGGAGUUAUUCUUCAAAUUCCAAAAAAGCUAGCAUCCUGGCAAGACUCCAGGGCAAACCACCAACAAAAAAGGCAAAAGUCUUACAGAAACAGCCUCUUAUGGCAAAAUUGGCAGCUUACGCCCAGUACCAAGCAAGUCAACAGAACCAGGCGAAAUCAAAAGCUGUGGUCCCUGCAGAGAGCUUUGACUGGGGUCGGUAUAUCUUUAGCAAUAACACAGUUGGAGCUCCAGUCAGCUGUUUCAAGCAUGCCCCCAUGGGGACAUGCUGGGGAGACAUAGAAGAAGGUGUUAGGAUUGAAGUGCUCAACUCUGAUACCAACCUCUCCACUAAGGUGUACUGGAUAGCUGAAAUCAUUAAGCUAGCAGGGUUCAAGGCUCUCCUGCGGUAUGAGGGAUUUGACAACGACAACAGUAAGGACUUCUGGUGUAAUCUCUGUAUCCCUGAGGUGCACCCAGUGGGAUGGUGUGCUUCUAGUGGCAAACCCCUUGUACCUCCAAAAAGCAUACAGCAUAAGUACUCUAACUGGAAAGCCUUUCUUGUGAAACGCCUCACUGGAGCUAAAACACUGCCACCUGACUUUAAUGCCAAGGUACAUGAGAACAUGCAGUUCCCCUUUAAGAAACUGAUGCGGGUAGAGGUGGUGGAUAAGAACUACCUGUGCCGGACACGGGUGGCACUGGUGGAGCAGGUGAUUGGAGGUCGCCUCAGGCUGGUUUAUGAGGAGAGCCAGGACGGGUCGGAUGACUUCUGGUGCCACAUGUACAGCCCUCUCAUCCAUAAUAUAGGCUGGUCUCGAAGCAUUGGACACCGCUUCAAAAGAACUGAUAUUACAAAGAAAAUUGAGGGGAAAGUUGAUGCUCCUGCUCAGCUCUUCCAGAAGGUGAAAGAUGUGGACCAGAGUGGGGACUGGUUCAAAGAUGGGAUGAAGUUAGAAGCCAUUGACCCCCUCAACCUCUCAGCUAUAUGUGUAGCCACUGUAAGAAAGGUGUUGGCAGACGGGUACCUCAUGAUCGGGAUCGACGGUUCGGAGGCAGUGGAUGGAUCAGACUGGUUCUGCUACCACGGCACCUCCCCUUCCAUCUUUCCUGUUGGCUUCUGUGAAAUCAACAACAUUGAACUCACGCCCCCUAGGGGGUACACUAAACUACAAUUUAAAUGGUUUGACUACCUCAGAGAAACAGGAUCAAUAGCUGCUCCUGUCAAGCUAUUUAACAAGGAGGUUCCCAAUCACGGUUUCCGACAAGGCAUGAAGCUGGAGGCUGUUGACCUGAUGGAACCACGGCUGGUGUGUGUUGCCACGGUGACGAGGAUUGUGCACCGGCUACUGAGGAUCCACUUUGACGGCUGGGAGGACGAGUAUGACCAGUGGGUGGACUGCGAGUCACCUGACCUCUACCCUGUGGGCUGGUGUCAGCUGACAGGCUACCAGCUCCAACCUCCUGCUUCACAGAGUAACAGAGACAUGCCUCAGUCUGUGCCCAAGCAGAAAAAAAAAGCCCAGCAGUACAAAGGCCAAAAGAAAAAGAGGAAGAUUCCGGUUGGUCGACGGCCCUUCAGUCAGGCAGGCAGGAGGAGGAGCAGCUUCUCAGGGGACGAAGAGCAGAGUCCGCCCCCUUACCCUGCCCAGGGGCCCGCUCGGCCCCGGCCCCGAACCCACCUCCACCAAACCCACAAAUCAGAGUCUCUCCUGCGUAUGAAAGAAGAGACAGCGGAAGUGGAUGAGUUUACCUUUUCACAGGGCACCUCCGACCAGGAAAGCAACGGCUCGGGCAGCUACUACAUCAGACAGGAGCCCUGAGGUCACAAGGUCAGGACAGACCAGGACAAACCGGGACAGGACACACCUGGAAAAACCUCAGCAAGGAUCAGGAAUGCGGAGAGUCAAACUAGCCUCGAAUCACACUCAUAGACUAAUGCCAUAGGUCUUGUAUGGAGUCAGUGCAGGAGAUGGUGAUGAAGAGGAGAAAGGGGUCGGUUUCAUGCUUCUAAAAAAUCCUAAAAGGAACAUCCCUCUGGAAAGUCUUCUAACCUAGUAGCUGUGUGUGCAUGUAAUCACCCAUGCAACCUGAUUAAAGGUUUGGAAAGCACCCAGGGUUGUGCCUGGGUCACAGAUAGUUGGGCAUUCUCUUUCGUACCACCCUUGGGUGACGCAACAUCGGCUUUUACUCCUCUCUUGUCUGAAACAUGCAACCAGACAAGACAUAUUUGGAUGGAAUAAAAAACAACCCUUUUUCCACAGAAAUGGGGGGUCUACAUACGCCCGUCCUGCCUUUGCCACAAUCUGGGCCACGCACAGAGACCUGUAGAAACUGUGAGAACCAUGUAUUGAGCCAGGUCUUCAGUUUUGUUUUUUUUGUUUUUGGUUUGGUUGGUUUCAGGUCAGAGACACCAACUGAACAGCCUGAGGAGUUAGGAGAAGCUGGCAGAAAGAGGAGCAGAGUUGUGUAUAUUUUGAUUAUUUUCAUAUUGCCAGGUGGACUUCUACUUUGUUGAAAGUACUUGAAGUUUUCUGUUUUCUUUCUUUUGUAAUGAUGAUGACUUGUUUAAGUUUGUCUUAAUGUACUUAUUUUGCAUUUACAAUUUGGUGGCUGUGUGGGUAACAUAAUGUGCAUUGUUUCACAGAAGUGAUUAUAUUCAUAUAGUAUGUGAAGACCUAUUCAAAUAGAAUUACAGAGUAUAGAUCAAGGAUUGUGAUUUGAAGAGAGAUCCUAGUACAAUGCUGCUCAGCAUUACAGAUACUGUGUUCCCUCCAAUAUUGACCAGAUGGUUUCCACAGCUGCAUUUAUUUCUGAUUCAAACAUUGUAGAACCAAAAUCUGAUUCAAGGUCAGUAAUAUCAUUCAUACCAGGGCUUUUUUGCACCUCAGCUUGUAGGUUUUUAUGAAAGUCCCCAAAAUGAUACAGAUGAUGUAAAACUUCAACAAGGGCUGCAACUACAAUAUUAUCAUUAUCAUGUUUUUUUUUUUGUUUUUUUUUUAUUAAUAAUUUGUAAUGACUACCAUUGUCUUUUUUUAAUUUUAUUUAAUAGGUAAUCCUCUUGCACAUUCCAUUGGGCUUUCAUUAAAACUGUACGGUCUGUAGAUCUUAAUAUCCUUCAGCUACAUAAAGUGGGUAUUGUGGGGGAAAUCUAUUUUUUCUUAUAACCAGUUUUAUAUCCAUAUUUUGAGCAAUAUCGGCAUUAAAAACAAAACAAAACAAAAAAAAACUGUGACCUUUGGACAACUUUUCCGCCACAGUCCAGCUGGUAAAUCUGUCUGAAGGUUACAAUAGAUUACAUAAAGCAGCAUAAGAUUUAUUUAGCAACGGCAUAUCUAAUGAUCUAAUCUAAUGUUGGGCAGCUUUGAUAGCUCAAUGUGGAGCUUUAGGGACCUAUCACAGUAACCAGAAAUUCCACAAUACCACUAACUGCAGAUUAGUAACUGCUCUUGCGAGAAUUUAGCAGUGCUGAUGAGCCCUGUUUUCUUCCCGUAAUUAAAAAAGGAAAAAAAAAGAGGCCUUUGCAGAAAUAUGAUUUUGAAUAUUAUAGGGUCUUUGUGCUGUAAUGUUAAACAGAAAUGAUGGAGCUGUGGAGAUGAAAAGCUUUUUCCAUUUAAGAAAAAAAAUCACCUUGGUUUUAAAGAAAUACUAAAUGAGAAACAACUUUGUGACUGUAAGUGAGCAGCAGGGUAUGUUGUAUAAAAGAGAAACCUUACUGGUAUGAUAGGGUUAUUCCCACUGUCCAACCCUACAAUAUGUACUUUGACCUUUACAGUUUGGAUGUAGCUGCUGUCAGGGAGGAAACUCCCUCAGUCUGAGGCAGAGAACACAACUUACCAAUGUUGGCCCCAGUUAUCAGCCAAACUCUUACAGCAUAUUCAAAUGUUGUGCAAGCUGGCGGAUGCAUCCCUCUCUUACUGUCAAAGGUUGCAUUACAGCAGUGCUUCAUAUUGCUAAUACAAGUGUUUCUAUUGUUAUUUGGACCACGUCUGCUGUAUUUUUACAGGACAAAUGCUCAGAGUUCUAACUGGAACUACCCAUUAAUAUGGAGUCUGGGGUAUGCCAGCAGAAUAAUUAUAAACUUAAUCAGUGUUAAAUUGUAAUCGAUUUAAUAAAUUGAUAAAUUUUAAAAAAGCAAUUACAAAUAGUUUAUUUAAAAUUUAAUUUAGAAAUAAAAUAAAAUUAAAAAAAAUAAAGCCUUAAAUUUGCAAACUAACAUUUAUAUUUCCUUAUUCUGUCUAUAAAUUAUGAAUACGAAUUACUUUUUAAAUGGAAUGUCUGAAAUAAUUUUUAUUUAAAUGAAAACCAACCCAGAGGCGCAACAGGAGCUCAAGUUGGCCGGCUGACAUGUGUUAGCAUAGCUCUGGCCAAUUAGACUGCCCCUUUAAAAUGUAAUUACUCACUUAAACAUAGAACAAGGAAAUUGAAUUGUUAAUGAGCAAAUGUAAUGAUUUUUAUUUUUCUUUUAGUUUUUUGCAUGGUUUAAAUGUAACUUCAGUUAAUCAAUGUAGAGCUUUUAAAAAUUUAUCAGUUAAUUGAAUACGAGUUAACACUGAAAAUAUAGCACACUCAAGACUCCAUAAAUUCAGCAUUUGUAGCAUCAAACUUUUUCUAUAAUUGAAAAUAUGAGGUUGGACUCCUGUCAUAGUAAGAACAGUAGUCACAUCAUCAAGCAAUUUUGUUGUCCAAAUGAGCAAAAGAAUAUGUUGAAUAUUUUAUUAGGGUAAUAUGCAAAAUAUUAGUGUGUUUUUUCUUUUUUUUUUUUUUCUUAAUUGCUUAGGUUGUUCUCAUGUCAGAGCCAUAUGUAUGCAAGCUAGUUUAUGAUUCACCUGAGCCACAGAAUAACAGGUUUGUCAUUAAUAAUGAAACAUGAACAAUGCACUGCUUUUCCAAUAUUCUUAGAGGGCAGCAUUCACUUAAGACAACAGGAUCUAAAAAUGGCAUAAAUACAUAGAUUGUAUAUAUGCAGUCUUGAUCAUAAGUAUUUGGACAAUUACACAAUUAUUGUAAUUUUGCCUCUGUACACCACCACAAUGGAUUUGAAACAAAAUCAUUAAG